CUGAGAAUACGUUCCAUACACCAGACCAGUUUCAAAUACACGCUCGAAUACACUCUAUACUUUUCAGAUUCUUUUUUAUUAAAGAGACCCAUUAUCUCCCUUGUUUUGAUGAUUUGUUUAAAAAACAUUAACAAAUUGUUAUGCCAAAAAACAAGGGAGGCGGUGGUGCUAAAGGUGGUGCAAAAGGGGGAGGAAAGGAUGCAUCCAAAGGGUCCAGUGAUGGAGGAGGUAAAGGAGACACGAAACAGACAAAGGGAGGAACUGCUGUUAAGGUGAGACAUAUCCUCUGUGAAAAACAGUCAAAAGCUCUUGAAGCGAUAGAAAAGAUCAAGAGUGGAAUGAAGUUCAAUGAAGUUGCAGCUCAAUACAGUGAAGAUAAAGCCAGACAAGGGGGCGACCUAGGCUGGAUGACGCGUGGCAGUAUGGUGGGACCAUUCCAAGAGGCAGCGUUUGCACUCCCCAACAGUACCACAGAUAAACCAGUCUACACAGACCCGCCAGUUAAAACUAAAUUCGGUUACCAUGUUAUAAUGGUGGAAGGAAAGAAAUAGCAGUGAGAGUCUGUGACAGAAUACAAAUGACGUGUUCAGAAUUUACAGUGGAUCCAGGAUAUUACUGGGGGGGGGGGGGGGGGGGGGGGAAGAGAGAGGGAUGGACUAAGCUUUUUAUGUUUGUGCUUGAAAAUGGUGAAUUUUAACUAUCAUCGAGUUUUAGAGAUGGAAAUUUUCUGGAUUUCCAGAUUUUUAAUCGUCUGUUCAGUGUUUCUGGAUUUUCUGCUGCUUGUCCAAAGUUUUCCACAUUCUUCAUCAUAACUCACAAUACGGUUUCGGCUGAUGCUGCAUGCACAUACAUUCUGAAUUGGACCUCUAUUUUAGACCAUUUUAAAUUAUCCCCUAGUACCAGUUUCAUAAAUUAAAAUUUCCUCUUUUUGUUUUCGUAACCCGAUUGAUUUUUGGUGAUUGUAAGUUUAUCCAAAGCAAAUUGGAUGGGUGCAUCUCAUAAACACUCCCACUCUACUGCAUAUACGUACCAAGGAAUACCAAAUUAGCUGUUGGCAAAUACUGAACAGAGAACUUUAUGGGAUGGACUUGUUGGGUGUCAAGCACCCAGGAAUAAAACAAUUUAACCUCUCCACCCCUCACCCCCUUCACUGAAAAUAAAUCAUAUGCAUGGGACUCUUUUCAGCUAAUAUAGCAACCUGUACUGUAUCUCACAUUUUUAGGAUACGUGGUUCUCUGAAAGACAUGUAUACUGCUCGUCAAACAAGUAAACUGAAUGCUAAUGUGAUGCGAUUGAUAAGCCAUCCUACUGUCUUGAGCAAACAACCCAAACAGCUGAGGUGGGUGUCAAAAAUUGCAUGCUAUGCUUGAAAAUUAAUAGGAUAUCAGCAUGAAAAUCUUAAUAUAAAAAUGAAUAAAAUAAAAUCUGAACAGGGCAUUUGGGUCGAUACUGUACCUUCGUAAUUUUUGUAAUCCCUCCCCCCACCCCUAAUCUUAAUGACAAUGCUGAUGUAUAAAUGGGACGUAUGUGUGCAUGGUGUAACAAUAAACAUUACGUAUGAUGUUUAUUGCACAAUAAAAACAUCUCAGACAU